AUGUCGUACGCUCCUGGAAAUAUAGUUUAUGCCAAACUCAAGGGAUAUCCUUGGUGGCCGGCACGAGUCGAAAUUGAGUCUUCUCUACCCUCAAACGUUCUAUCAAAAAAACCAAAAGGACCGAAACCAAUAUGCGGCGUGAAAUUUUUUGGAACUGGUGACUAUGGUUGGUUUGGAAAUAAUGACCUUAAACCGUUUGAAAAGAAGGAGGCAGAAAUAUUAUUACAAAAAAUGCAAAAUAAAAGACGGGAUGACUUGCUAAAGAAAUCUAUUCGAGAAGCCCUAAACCCAUCAUCUUUUGAUGAUCCAAUGGAGGAAGAUCCUGUCGAAGGAGCAGCAACAGAUGAUGAGGAAGUUGAAUUGGAAGAUGAAAGUAAGAAAUCUACUGAGUCUUUAGAAAAUGAUGAUGGUGAAUAUGAUAAAAAAUCAAAAGUUCGUGGCAAAGGAAUCAAAAAAGAUAAAGGACAUACAGCUUCAAAAGCUGCAGAGCGCCAAACAAAAGCUUCAAGGAGCACAAAAUCAAAGAGAAAGUCUCGCGAUUAUUCUUCAGGAGAAGAAGUAGUAACCCGUACUGGAAAAGGAGUAAAGAAACGUAGAGCGACUGAAGAUAAACUUUCCAAGCGCAAAAGAAGCUCUGUAUCCCUGUCAUACACUGACGAUGAGGCAGAGCAAAUGGAUGUGGAUGAACCUAGGGCUGAGGUGGAUGCUAAAAAGAAGGAACGUCGUCAGAAUUUAAAGAAAGAUAGGGGUACAUCUAGAAGUGAAGGCUCAAAAUCUCCAGGCAAGUCUGAUGAUGGAUCACCAAUUACAGGUGUUGUUGAGAAUAAGCAAAUAAACGAUGAUGCAAGUUUUGACAGAAAAGUAAACAAAUUAGAAUCGGAAAGUCAACAUAGAUCGACGAAGUCGCGCCAAUUUAAAACUCCCUCUGAAAAAUUACUCCAUUUUAGACAUAAGCUCCAAAGAAUGACGAUAAAGUCUACUAAGAUUGAGUUACACGAUAUGGGAAAGAUCGAUGAAGUAUUUACUGAAGUAGAAAACUUCCCUAUUACUAUUCCUUUGUUGAAGGAAAGUAAAAUUGGAAAACUUAUGAGAAAAAUCGCUGAUUUAAAAAUUGAGCCUGAUCCAUAUAAUAUCAAGGAUCGAAGCGAUGAAUUAAUUAAAAAGUGGAAGUUUUUAUUGGAGGCGCCCACUCAAGAAGGAACGGAUGAAGAUGCAUCGCCAAAGAUGGCUUCACAAGUUGAAGGAAAUUCGCCACAACAUGAAACUGUUAAACAUGAAGAAGUCGACCAGCCUUUACCCGAAAUUGAUAUCAAGACCGAAGAACAAGAUCGGGUUGAAAAUAACGGGAUUAAAACAGAAAGCGCCCCAGCUGCUAUGGAAUUAGAAAAAACAGAGGCUCUCCCGACAAAUGAAGAUGAUAAACAUGUAAAAGAGGAAGUCAUCACGAAUGGAUCCUCACCUACAGCCAACAAUCAAGGUGUAUCCAUUCAAGAAAAAGAAAUAGCUCACAAUAAAUCACCAGAAUUGUGA